AUGCCGACCGCGUUAGACAUCAGCAUCCUUCGCACCCCGGUUGACCGACAGCGAGCAAGCCACUCACGUCAUGGUGGCGAGCGAGGCACAAUUGGCCGACUUAGUUCGGACCGGAGCGGAGCAUCGCACCGUCUCGGUCGGCUUGCCUCUUGCUAUCGGUCCUCGGUGGUAGGGGGCCGCAGGUUCAGAGCUCACAAUGAUCGGCGAGCCGUACGCGGUGAUUCAGGUCACUCUAUGCACGGAAGCACAGCCUGGAAGGGGCAUUCCAGCUGCGCGUCUGGCGAAGUCCGUCGUCGAAGCGGAGUUGGACAGGCAUCCAUCUCCUUGAUGGGUUACUCUGCGUCCCAAAGGGUGGUCGGAGUCGAUAUUCCAGCGCCACGGUCGCUCUACGGCUCGACUGCAGACGCUGAGCCCGGACCAUGA